GCUUUUGCCAAGGCUGUCUGAUCUGAUAUUGAUUACUAUCGGUUUUUGUUACCAUUUUAUUAGACUUAUUUUGAGUUGGAUUGCAUUGAAUUAGAGUGAAAAGAUGGCGCCCAAGUAUAAGAAUCACACGCCUCGGUUGCAUCAUCUUGGAAAAUGGAUGCCUUCUACUCUCGACGCCCAUCAUGAAUGGCUAGGUGGUGUCAUCGCACAUGUCGACAGCAAGGAAUCUCACGACCUUCAUCCGGUGAUUCAGGAAUUUCAGGACCUCAUUGAGAACAACACCCGCGUAUAUCUGCUCAUCUCCGCCAUGUUCAAUGAACUCCCCCGAAACCGAACGUACACCACUGAUCCCACUGGCUGUCCCCAGAUGCAGGACUACAAGCACAUGCUACGUGUGCUGAACCAUCUCAUAACCACUGCUCCCUCGUGGAACGACUUUUCUCAUCGUGUUGGGUUGGUGGGGUUGCCUAUUAAUGCGGUCUUGGAUUGGCCGAUGGGCACCCCGAGUGGAUAUGCUGCGUUCCUGGACCCAGAUGUCAACCGCAUGAUUAAGAAGAUUCUUAAUGCAUGGGGCGAUUUCCUCAAAUCACCGGAUUCGGCGAAGGUGUUGGAUGAUUCGAAGUACGGGUGGUUUGGGGAGACAGCUAAAUCCGAUCUGGAGGAGGUGGGCAAUGUGCAGAAGACGAACCAUUCGUUCGAGGAGUUGUAUGUCUGCGACCCGUCGGCAGAGCAUCAUGGAUUCAACUCUUGGGACCAUUUCUUCACUCGGUUGUUCCGAGAGGGUAUCCGCCCCGUUGCCUCACCCAGUGACGACAAGGUCAUUGCCAAUGCGUGUGAGUCGCAGCCAUACAAGGUGGCGUAUGAUGUCAAGGCGCGCGACCAGUUCUGGAUCAAGAGCCAGCCCUAUUCAGUAUAUGAUAUGGUCGGGUGUGAUCCGUUGGCUAAGCAGUUCGAGGGCGGCACGGUCUAUCAGGCAUUCUUGAGUGCAUUGAGCUAUCACCGCUGGCAUGCACCGGUGUCGGGAAAGAUCGUCAAGGCGUAUGUCGUGGAUGGAACAUAUUAUUCUGAGCCGUUGUUCGAGGGUAUUGGAGACCCGGAUCCAUCCAACCAACAUGGGAUUGAUAGCGCUGGUGAGGUCAUGUCUCAAGAAUACUUGACAGCCACGGCAACACGGGCCGUUAUAUUUAUCGAAUGCGAUAACCCUGAUAUUGGGCUCAUGGCGUUCCUGGGUGUGGGUAUGUGCGAGGUCUCAACUUGUGAGAUUACCGUCUCCGAGGGCCAGCAUGUGUCCAAGGGUGAUCAGAUUGGUAUGUUCCAUUUCGGUGGUUCCACGCAUUGUCUGCUCUUCCGGAAGGGGGUCAAUGUCCAGGGAUUUCCAUCGCCUAAGCUGCGACAUAACGUGCCUGUCAGAAGCCAGCUAGCGGUGGUGGGUUGAUAUAGUCAGUGUGAUCCUGUAUGUACAUAUGGCCACGGAAAUAGUUAUGAACUUAUGUAAAUGAUUGCAAAU